AUGCCAUCAAAACGUACACUGGAGGAUGCACGCUUGCCGCCAAAUAAACGACAGAACAAUGGCCACAAACGCGCUCCAGACAUGUAUUACAGAGUCGCAUCCCUCGAAAACGCGAACAGGGCGCGUGAAACUCCGCCCGUCAGCCUUCUUCAGCAGGCAGUCCGAGAGGCCAAGCAAGAGAGCCCGUCUGGAGGCGACACCGCUGUCUAUUGGAUGAGAAUGGAGGACAUGAGAGUCGACGACAAUCGCGCCGCCGCGGCUGCCUCUGCCUUUGCUCUGAAGCACAACAUUCCUCUGAUUGUUAUCUUCAUAUUCAGUCCGCAAGACUAUGCCGCUCACGACAGGGGACCCCGUCGAAUCGACUUUACCCUCCGAAAUCUGGACACACUAAAAGAAAAGUUGGACAGGCUGAAUAUUCCUCUCUACGCCAUCAGUCACUCACCUCGCAAGACGCUCCCUGACAAGGUCAUAGAGCUGAUGGAGUCUUGGAACGCAAAGGCACUCUUCGCGAAUCUCGAAGAAUAUGAAAUCGAUGAAGCGAGACGGGACAUCAAAGUGAUUUCCCUUGCCAAGGAGAAAGGCAUCUUUUGUGAUUUUCACGAGGACAAGUUGGUGGUUCCCCCGUUCAAGCUCUCCACUCAACAAGGAAAGCAAUUUGCCGUCUUCUCGCCAUGGUGUCGUGCUUGGAAGCAGUAUAUUGACAAGCACCCUGAAUGCCUCGUCCAAGCUCCCGCCAUCCAGGCGAACCCCGCAUCGAUUCGUGACGACAAAAAGUAUACAUCGUUAUUUGACGUUACUAUUCCUCAACAUCUGCCUGGCUUUGAGCUCGAGGACGCCGAAAAGAUGGAAAAGUGUUGGCCAGCCGGUACAGACGCCGCUCGCGAUGCACUCAAGCGUUUCCUCACCACAAAAUACCGAGUUGGUCAACUGGACGUGCCUCUCCUCAAUAAUGGUGCAAAGACUGUGAGCAAGAAUGACACACGCCUGGGUCGCUACAGUCAAGAUCGAGAUAUGGCCGACAGGGACUCGAGCUCGAGAAUGUCACCAUAUCUCUCUGCUGGUGUCAUCUCUGCGCGGGAGCUCAUUCGUGAGACGAUGAAGUUUCAAGGUGUGAACAAGAUUAAUGUGGAGAGAGACAACGGUGGUGGGAUGUGGGUUUCUGAAAUCGGAUGGAGAGACUUUUACUCUCAUGUCCUUUCUGCCUUUCCGCAUGUCUCCAUGGGCCGACCAUUCCAGGAAAAGUAUGCAGAUAUCAGAUGGGAGACAGAUGAGUCGGUCUUUGAAGCUUGGAAGAAUGGAAUGACCGGAUACCCGAUUGUCGACGCAACGAUGAGGCAGCUCAAGGCUCAUGGUUGGGUGCACAACCGAACGAGGAUGAUUGUGGCCAUGUUCCUCACCAAGGAUCUCAUGAUGGAUUGGCGUCUUGGGGAAAAGUGGUUCAUGCAGCAGCUGAUUGAUGGUGAUCUGGCCAACAACAAUGGUGGAUGGCAAUGGUCCGCUUCAACUGGGGUUGAUCCUCAGCCUCUACAGGCGGAUCCAAGUGGCGACUUUAUCCGGCACUUUGUACCCGAACUCAAGCACCUCAAGGGCAAAGCCAUUCACGAGCCUUCUAAGCAUCUCAGCGAGGAACAGUUUAAGAAGCUCGGAUACCCCAAGCCUAUCGUGGAUCACCAUGAAGCUCGUGACCGUGCCAUCCGCCGUUUCCAGAAUCCAGGCUCUCUCUGA